AUGCUUAAGCGAGAUAACUAAAAUAGCUAACCUAAGAUUAAGGGUCCUUUGAUAUUUGAUGAGAAUAAAUGGAACAAUAUACCAGAGUGCAUUAUCGCAUUCUUUAACAUUAUAAAUGAGAAAAUAGUAGAAAUAGAGAGUAAUCACGUUUUACUCAAAGCAAAAUAAGAAUAAAAUUUUACAAAACAAAACUAGGUUAUUAACGAGUGUAAAACAAUAGCAGAAGAAACUCAAUUGAAUUUUAAUUUAACAAACCAGACUCUCAAUGCUAAUUUGAAAGAAGUUAAAAACAAAUGUGAAAAUUAAAAUACUAUGAUGAGAAUAAAAAUGGAAGAAGAAAUAGAUAAGAUUAAUAAGAGAUUAGAUGAUAUUAGCAGGGGAGUAAAUAUGAAAAUCUAAGAUAACAAUGAGCUUUUAGUUUUAAUUAAAAAAGAAGCUGAUUCAACUAAAGAAAUGUUUAAACAAGCAAUGGAAGAUUAAAAAAAUGAAGAAAGAAUUAUUAAUAUUGUUACAACGAGUCCAUAAGUUUUGGAAUUUAUUACAAACAAUCCUGGAAUUUAAGAUUAGUUAAAUCAAAUUAAGGUAUAAGCUAGUAAAGAUGCUAUUUCAGCUUUAGAUAAUAUUUUUGGCAACAAUAAUGAGCAAGAAAAUAGCUAGAAUAAAGAGAAAUCUGUUGGGUUUUUAGAAAAAAUUGAGAAUAAAACUAAAGAAAAUAUUAAAAGGGAAAUUAAAUUAGUUCAAGAAACUAUUGAAAAAUAGUAAACUGCUUCUAAUGAUUUGAUACUUAAUGCAGAAAAGGAGUUAAAAAAUAUGUAGAAAUAAAUUGAAUAAAUUAGCUAAAUAACUAGAAAAUGCGAAAAAGAAAGAAACAAUGUUGAUUUUGUUAAACUAAAAAACAAAUAUGACCAGCUUGAAUCACAACUUGUUAAUUUUAAUGAAAAUUUUGAAAAGAUUCAAGAGAAUAUGGACCUUAUUUCUUAGACUCUAAGUCAUAGACUCAAUGAUAAAAUAAAACAGAGAUCUGUAACGCCUAGUUAAAUAGUUAGAUAAAGCGGUACUUAAGACUCAAAUUUUUCCUAAAAAUUAAAUGAUCUCCCUUCUUUUUCCUCAAAUAAAUUAAGCGAAUAGCAAAACCAACAAAACGAUAACAAAUAAAUUGAGUUGCAAAUUCCAACUUAAAAUUCAUCAGUUAAAGAAGAAAUUUUGUAAGAAGAAGUAACUCUUGAAGAUAAACUGUAGACACUCAGUCAAAGGUUAUCUCUACUUGAAUUAUAAUUUAACUAAAUGAAAAUAGAAAUGAAAGAUGAAAAUAGUGACGAAGAUAAUACUUAAAAAAAGAGUAACUAAAAUGACACUUCAAAAAAUUAUUUGCAUAAACCAUGGCUAACAGGUUAGGAGGUCAUUUUAAAAGAAGGCGAUAAUUUAGCUAUAAAAGUUUUUUAAAAGAGUUAGCAAAUAAAUAGAAAAUCAAAAUAGUUAUAAAAUAUGUAUUAAAAUCCACAAGUUUUAGCAAAAAAAUAUAGAAAUAGCAUUCUUGGAUAAGAAAUUGACAGUCUUAAAAUGAAUUAAAAUAAAGACACAGGUGUGAGAACAAAUAGUAAUUCAAAAAUUUAAGAUCCAUAACAUAAUCCACAUAAUUUGACAGCAUAUUACAAAUAAAAUUAUGCUUUUGACUCUUCCCCUGAGAAAUCUAAAAAAAAUAGUUUCAGCAAUCUCAAUUCGUAGAACGAAUUUUAGUUCACCAAUGAUUUAAUAAAGUCAUAAUUGGAUAAUUAUUCCAACAGAGUAAAAACUCAAGGGGAAAAUCAUGCAAAAAAUGAAUUUAAUCUGCUAGAGAAUUAAAAAAAUUAUAACAGUUAAGGUGAAAUAGAAACAAAAAUAAAUCCUAGUAAUAACAACUAUUUGCCUCCAGCACCAAGAUCGAGAAAUAGCAAAACUUUUCAUUCUGGUGCAAAUACAGCCAUAACAUCUAACAUCUCUUAUAUCAACUAAUCAGCUGAUUAAACAAAUGUUCAAAAUACAAACAACCACAAUAGUUUUUUAUAAAGCAAUAUCACUUCAAUGCCCUAGUCAAACACUAAUUAAUUUUCUAUGGGCUAAAAUGUAAAUAAUUUUCAACUAUAGAAAGCUCCAAACUAGCAUGAAUCGCCUUUGAAUUCAUAUAAAAUAGCCAAAAACGUAAUGAAAAACACAAAAUUAAAAUCUUUCAGAAUCUCAUAAGGAGUUUCAUUUGAUGCUAUAAAUUUAAGCAAAUUUUGA